AUGCUUCCAAAACCAGAUAAGAAUGCUUCCAGACCAAUUUUGAAGACUGUCAUGUUCUUGUGGAAUAUUUUCUUGUGUAUUUUGUCACUUGCCAUGUUGUUAGGUACUGCUAUCCCAUACUUCAACCUCUUGAAGAAUGAAUACAAUUAUUCUAUGCCAGGUUUGAUUUGUGAACAAAAGAAGGCUGUUGGUGCUGCUGAAGGUUAUCCACACAUUGUUUGGGCCUACAUCUUUGCUCUCUCUAAGUAUUUAGAACUCUUCGACACUGUCUUGUUGGUUAUCAAGCAUCCAGACCGUAAAGUUCCAUUCUUGCACUGGUUCCACCACUUGACCGUUUUGUGUUUCACUUGGUAUGCUGUUUAUACUCAAUAUGCUGUCGGAUAUUGUUUCAUUAUCAUGAACUCUCUCAUUCACACUUUCAUGUACUAUUACUAUGCUUUGACUGAAUUGGGUUUCAGACCAAGCUGGAAUUUCCUCUUGACUAUUGGACAAAUUUCUCAAAUGAUUUUGGGUAUUGUCUGUAACGUCAUCUUUGCCAUGAAGUGGUUCGAAAAUAAGGAAAAGGGACUCUCAAUCGAUGAAAAUUGUACUUGUUAUGCUCCUUAUGAAAUUAUGCUCAGCUGCGUUCUUAUGUACGGUUCAUACUUGUAUUUGUUCGUUGACUUCUUCGUUAGAAAGUACUUUGGAUCAAGCAAGCCAGUUGUUGCCAAGCCUAAGUCAGAAUAA